AUGCUGAGGCCUCCUCUCUCAAGAGCUUAUUCAAAGCUACAUCUGCCGUUCAAGUCUAUCCGAACGUUCUCCACAUCGCCUAAAACAGCUAUGUUGACAUCGGAGCUUUCCGAAGUUGAGGUCUCGUCUCUCAGGGCGAACAAAGAGCGUCUAGCGAAGGACCUUCAUCACUCGUGCCAAUGGGGGGAUGGCAUCAGAUGGGGAGAUAAUCCAACCGAUACGGGCAUGCAGCGUCUAGCGUUAUCAGAAGAAGAUAAGAGCGUCCGGGAUUGGUUCAUCCAAACGACGAAAGAUCUGGAUUGCAAGGUAACAGUAGACCAGAUGGGCAACAUCUUUGCCGUGCGUCCUGGUCGGCGAGCAGAUGUGCCAGCCACCUUUAUCGGAAGCCACCUUGACACACAGCCCACUGGUGGGCGAUAUGACGGUAUCCUGGGUGUGUUGGCUGGUAUUGAAGUUCUGAAGACCAUGAAAGACAUGGACCUGGAGACAGAAGGCGGAGUCGGCGUUGUCAAUUGGACGAAUGAGGAGGGCGCUAGAUUCCCAGUGAGCAUGAUAGCAAGUGGCGUAUGGGCUGAAUGCAUACCACUAGCACAUGCGCAUGGUCUCAAAGAGGUGCCGACUGUCGCUUCGCUGCCAACAGCAGCGUCAGCUCCUGAGACCAUGAAGAGUGCUCUGCAGAAAAUCAACUACUUGGGAGAGACUCCGUGCUCAUACAAAUCGUCACCAAUGGCAGCUCACUUCGAACUCCACAUCGAGCAAGGCCCACACUUGAUAUCGGCAGGUCAGCGUGUCGGAGUGGUGACAGCUGUGCAGGCCUAUAGAUGGUUCAGGCUCAACAUCAUUGGAAGAGACACGCACACUGGAACAACUGCUUUCGAACACAGAGCAGACGCCCUCUAUGCUUUUGCCCGGAUGAUGGUGCGAGCACGCGAGGUCGCAGCUGCAAAAGGGUGUCUGGCGAGUGUGGGUAUUGUCGAGGCAAAGCCUGGCAGUGUCAACACGGUCCCCGGGCUUGUGAGCUUCAGCCUAGAUAUUCGAGGCCCCGAAACAGAGUUGGUUGCCGAAGUCGAGAAGGAGUUGCGCACCGACUUUGAUGCUAUCGCUGCCGCCGAGGGUGCAGGUAUUGGAAAGCCUUGCCGGGUUGAGUGGACUCUUGAUUUCGACUCGCCUGCUGUCAAGUUCCAUCAAGACUGCAUUAGUUGUGUUGAGGAGUCGGCGUAUGCAGUGGUCUCAGACGCGCCUGCUGUAGAUACCAAAUCGCUUGUAAGGCCGAUCAUGAGUGGUGCUGGGCACGACAGUGUGUUCACCUCCAAGCGCGUCCCGACAAGCAUGAUCUUCAUACCAUGCAAGGAUGGUCUCAGUCACCACCCUGAGGAGUUCUCAACUGCUGACGAUUGCGCCACUGGCGUUUCGGUCAUUCUGCAAGCCGUGGUUCGUUAUGACCGCAAGAGAUUUGCUUGA